GCUUUUCAUUGUCUUUACUUGCAGACUACUCUGUGCGGUCCAGACAGAUUGCCAAGAUCUGGCGAAAAUUGACACCUGAUGAAAAACGUCCUUACCUGGUGCGGGCUAGGAAGAACAGAGCUCAAAGAAAGAAGCAAUAACAUCAUCAACAACAACAGCAACAGCAACAAAGCCAUUUGUCGGUUAUGCCAGAAAUGAGAUCACCUAAAAUGUCCAGAAGCCCUGAAACUCCGGACGAAUUCAACUAUGACCCCCUCAAAAUGUACCUUUAUAAAAAGGCCAUUAGAACUGGAAUGGAGAGAGAAAGCAGUAUACGAGUAAAUAUUAUAGGAAACUUCUCCCAAGGCAAAACAUCAUUAACUCGGCGUUUGAUAGGUCAAAACUGUGAGGGCGUUAUAUCUACAAAUGGCAUAGAAAUUAGAAGGUUUAAAUGCAGAAAGAUGAAAGGGGGUCGAUUGAAAUUAGCUGAAGAUGAAAACAAGGACUUUUUUGAUAGAAUCGCUGCAGUUGCACGUUCAGUUGAUACUGAGAAAUUGAGUGAAAGAGUUGAACGUACCGCAUUUGCGGACACACAGAACGAUCAGGAUGUUUUAGCAAUCACAGAAGACCAUACAUUUUCAUAUGAGCCUACGCAGAGGCAGAUCGCAAACACUCCAAUAGCAUCUCAAGAGCCUUCAGUGAGGCAGACCGUAAACAUUCCUACAACAUCUCAAGAGCCAACUGAUGACAGAUCUGUGACCUCGAAUGUGCAAGAACAGGUCGUAAACACAACACGAAUUCCUUCUAUUUCGAGUGAAGAUUUUAAAACAUUUUCGAGUGGUGUUGACCAAGAAAACGAUGAUGUAGAACUGUCUUUUGACAUGUGGGACUUUGGUGGCCAAUAUAUCUUUUAUGCAACGCAUACUUUGUUUCACAGCAGAAAGGCUUUGUAUCUUCUCGUAGUUGACUUAUCAUCCCCUCUUGAUAAGAUUGUCAUUGAUAAUGAAUUUCCCGCCGAAAGCGGCGAAAAAAACAUGGCAUAUUUCAUAAAGUUUUGGAUUGAAUCAAUCCAUGCAUUUGUUGGACCUGGACCUCCAGUCAUUCUUGUCGGGACACAUAAAGACCAAAUUCAAGGCACUGAGGAGGCGAAACAGUACCUCGACCAGAUAAGAAGUAUUUUCGAGGACACAGACAUGAUUGACCAUAUUCAACCUGAAGACUUCGCUGUUGAUAAUCACGAUUGUUCUGACACUGAUAUACAAAAUCUUCUUCAGUAUCUAAUACAGAAAGGCAGUGAACUGGUGCAAACUGUAGAAAUCCCUGCUCGGUGGAUACAACUCGAAAAGAAAUUAAACGAAAAUAGGCACAAAAAUGUUAUUACUUUCCAGGACGUUAUGAAAAUUGAUGCCGAUAAUGAGUAUCCAUUGAAAGAGGAGGAACAAGUAAAACUUUUUCUACAAUAUCAUCAUGAGAAAGGGACAUUAUUCUAUUUUGACGAAGAACCGAUGUCAAAGCAUGUCGUCCUAGAUCCUGGCUUUCUGGUUGAUGCGUUCAAAUGUAUCAUCACACCCGAGCGAUUCCGACUGAACGACAUUUCCAUACGUCAUUUAUGGUGUAGCAUGAGAGAUGAGGCUAAGCUAACGGAUGGAUUGAUAAACAAGGUUUGGAGUCAUAAUAACGAUGGCUUUAUGAAACACAAGAUGGUCCUACUAGGUUAUCUCAAGAAACAUUACAUAAUAUCACAGGUAGUAGAGUAUGACACUACUAGAGAAACGUAUAAAGAGCAAGACUGGUACAUUGUUCCAAGUCUUCUUAAAGACAAAUGUCCGUUGGAAGUAAUGGAAGAUUUCCUUAGAGAAAAGCCGCGAACAAUGGUUCGAUAUUUCAUGCAUUUUGAACAGACAUCAAUUGUACAAAUGCUUUUCCACAGACUGAUAAGUGCGGCACUUGGAAAAUGGGCUGUUCUAAAGUUUGGAAACAAACAGAUGUUGUUUAAAAAUCUUGCUGUUUUUAAACUCCAAGAAAGUCUUGCAGGCAUAGCAGAUCUGAGAUAUUCUGGGAUAGAAUUACGGGUAGUGAGUCUGUGUAAAACCACGAUUGGUAGUCAAGUACCUGAUGGAUUUAGGCGUUUCAUUGAAGCCAUUGUUACUCAUGAAUUCAGAAAAUUAAAGUCACAAAUGGGAGACAAUGGCAAGCCAUUUUCGCAAAAAUACAGGUGCAACCACAAAAUUCACGACCUACAUGGUAGUCAUCAAACAAGUGAUAUUUGUCUCCUACAAGAGAAAAAUUUCGUGUUCUGUCCAGACAAUUAUACCCAUAAGGAAGUUAGUGGUAGUGAAGCAAAGGCAGAAUGGUUUCAAGACGAAAGCAUUGCAAUUGUUUAUCCCAAAAAGAACUUGACUGAGAAACAUCUUAGUCAACUGGCUCAAGCAGCAAUCGGUAAAGGCUGGCAAUUGUUAGGAACAGAACUUGGCAUAAAACAAGUUGAAAUAAAUCAUAUCAUGGAAGAAAAUUCUCAGGUUGCCAUGAUGAUAUUUCAAAUGCUCCUGAAGUGGAAAGCAAAUUCCGAAGAAAAUGCGACAUUAGACGUUUUGGUUGAGUCAAUAAAAAAAUGUCCAUCGGUUACAGUUGAAUGGGAUGAACUUCGAAACAUCAAAGACGAACAAAGUGGAAUAUUGAUGAGCGAGCAUUCAGUCUUUAGUCAAACUUUACAGGACCUUACAGUCAAAGAAAAUGAUAACAUGUUCUUGGAAUGUGCGGUUUCAAAACCAGAUGUUCAAGUAAUAUGGCUAAAAGAUAAUGAAGAAAUUUGCACAGAGAUGCGUCGAAGAAAGUGCGUUGAAAAGAAUAUACACCGAUUGUUCGUUGAUCAUGUUACCAACACAGAUGCCGGUGUAUACAAAUGUGUCUUUGAAGACACUUGUACAACAUGCACUGUCACAGUCGAAGAAAGAAAAACGCUAACUGAAUUCCUGCAGACGCUUUCGGAUAUAUGUAUUGAAGACAAAUAUGGAUCUGCCAGUUUUCAAUGUAAAAUAAACAAAGUAGGUGUAGACGUCAAAUGGUACCAUGGAAGUCAGGUCUUAUCACCGUCAGAAAAAUAUCAGCUUGUUGAUGAAGGGCCAAUUCAUAUACUAAAGAUACACAAUGUUGUCGACACAGAUGAAGGCACAUACCAUAUCGUUGCUGAUGGACAAACAUCCUCUGCAAUGCUUUAUAUAGAAGACACAGAAGAAAGAGAAUUUAUUCUACAAUAUUUAGCAGAGAAACGCAAAUCUGAGGAUUCUGAAGGACUGCUUGAACAGAAAAGGACUCGAUUACACAUCUCAGAAGGCAAAGAGAAGGAUCAAACAUUUCGGUGUUCGAAAAUGAGGGACAUCGAACAGUUAUGGUCUGCUGGCAUUGAAACGAGAUCUUUGCUAUUGAAAGAGUGUGAAAGAAUAUGCACAUUCAUCAAAAAUAAAUCAGAUAGAAUUCUAUACGUUUGGCCAGCGUAUGACACCAGUGAGGAAGAAGAAGUGGUAUUUGUCGUUGUCGCUACCGGAGAUGUAAAGGUUGAUGUUGGCUACAGAACGUACAUAAGAACUGUGGAUCAUUAUAACGAAGAGGGGAAAUAUGUGAUGCAUAGUCGUAAAAGCGCAGAAAAUAGGCUGUCAGCUAGUCAGUCAGAGAAAAUACGUAAUGUAAUAGACCUAUAUGCGGACACCCUCAUGCAAAAUCAUAGGUAUAUUUCUGUUAUAACAGGAGGCGGAGUUCGAUCAGUAGGUUUUGCAACUGGAAAUGAAGAGAUAAUCCCUGAAGCUUGCGUAGUGGUAUAUGUCCUAAUAAAAGGCAAAAUCCCCUUAGAUGAGGAAAAGAUUCCUAAAACUCUGGACGGCAUACCGGUAGACAUCAGAGAAGGAGGCUUUCAAACUAGUGUUUUGACAGCGUCCGACUUCCAUACGAAUGUGCGAAUGGGCUGUCAGAUUACGUCUUCUGUCAAACCGGAUGUUUACGGAACAAUAGGUGGUUUCAUAGAACAUCCAGAAUAUGGACUUUGUGGUAUAACAUGUGCCCACGUUCUCAUGAAUGAGCAAUACAUGCACAAUCUUAGACAGCAAAACAAAUCAGUUGAGAACGAAAUUGUCUAUCAGCCGGACAAUAAACAUGAAAAACGUAGGCUGGGACCAAUCAAGGAAGUUGCAUACAAAGCUGGUGGUAGCGGUGUACCUGGAAUCGAUCUGGCUGUUUUCCAGAUUGACUCUAGGCCACCCGAAUGUGGAAAUUUUCCAGGAACAUCAAACGCCGAGACAA